AUGAUGAACAAGUGUCUUUCUGGCUACAUUGAUCGAUUCGUCCAGCUCUACUUAGACGACAUUUUGGUGUACUCUCCAACGGCUGAAUCGCAUCUGGAACACAUUCGUCUAGUUCUGGAAAGGUUUAGGCAGUUCAAGUUAUAUGCCAACCCGAAGAAAUGUAAGUUCAAUCAGCGUGAAGUGGAAUUUCUAGGCAUGAAAGUCUCGGCGGAUGGUAUCCUACCCUCUGAUUCCAAGAUCAAAGCUAUUAAGAAUUGGCCAGUUCCUACUAAUGUGCAAGAGGUCCGUCAAUUUGUUGGUUUGGCUUCUCACUACCGAAGGUUUAUUCGACAAUUCUCGUCUGUAGCUGCUCCUUUAACUGAACUCACUAAGGGUACUGGUCCUAAACGUCGCGGCAUUAUCUGGAGCCAAGAGUGUCAAAAAGCUUUUGAUCAAUUGAAAUCCUUAUUAACACAUGCCCCUUGUCUCCAGCCUCCUGAUGUGAGCAAACCAUAUAUCAUUGAGACAGAUAGCUCUGACUUUGGUUGCGGUGCGGUGCUCUUGCAAAAAGAUGAUCAAGGCGUUCUACAUCCUUUGGCAUUUGAAUCUAAGAAAUUCUCUAUGGCUGAACGUAAUUACCCUGCUCAAGAGAGGGAAUUACUUGGUGUUUUGCAUGCUUUGCGGGUAUGGAGAUGCUUCAUUGACGGUGCAGACUAUGUGGUGUAUACGGAUCACAACCCUUUGCAAUAUCUAAGGUCACAAUCUAAACCCACAGCUCGUUUGGUUCGUUGGUUGUCUGAAAUCGAGACUUACGAUCCUAAAAUACUGUACAAACCUGGCAAAAUCAAUCAAGUCCCGGACGCUUUAUCUCGUCGUGAUGGUGCUAGCUGUGUAGCUGCUGAAACUAGUAUGGAGCCUUGUUAUUUGUACUCUGUUGAGUCAAAUAUCAUGGUACAUCCUUCGGAUUGGCCUACCUUCUAUCUAACCAAGCAAGAGUUAGUUCCUGGUUCGGUGAAACCUUUACUCAAGUCCAAUGCUAACCGGUUUAUUCUCAAGAAUGAAAAGGUCUAUCGCAAGGUAAAAAUUGGUGAGCGAGAGUUUGAAGCAAGGUUCUGUCCUUUUUCCAAUCGUGCUACUCUGGUCAACAGAUUCCAUGAAGGUUUUGGUCACGCUGGUCAAGCUUCUAGUUCUGGUAAAAACAAACGUCAUGCCCCAAUGGUCUCUUUGGAUAUACCUCCUGCUUUUGGUCGCUGGCAUUUGGAUUUUGUCGGUGAAUUGCCUUUAACUCCACAAGGUAACAAAUGGCUCUUAACUGCGGUUGACUACACUACCAACUGGCCUAUUGCUCGUGCCGUACCGGAAGCUACAGCGGAAGCCGUUGCUGAUUUCAUUUAUGAGGAAAUCGUAAUGCGUUUUGGUUGCCCCCAAGAAAUUUUAACAGAUCGUGGUGCCAAUUUCAUGUCCAAUGUGGUGAAGCUCUAUAUGAACCGGGUUAAGACUAAUCACAAGUUUACCUCUGCUUUUCAUCCUCGAACCAACGGUAAAUGCGAACGUCUCAAUGGUAUUCUCAAGGCUAUGCUCAAAAAAUACGUAAAUGGCGCUAUUCACAUAUGGGAUAAAUUUGUUGACACUGCUCUUUUCGCUGCCCGGGUUCGUCAUCACCGUUCUACUGGUUACUCUCCUUUUUACUUGGUCUAUGGUCGUGAGCCGCUACUGCCUGGCGAUUAUAUUCGUCCUUACUUUGAUAAGUCAACGUCAAAUGAUCCUAGAACUAUCGCGGAACAUACUGCUCGUGCAUUGGAAGAUCUUGGUCAAGUUCGCGCUGCCGCUGCUCAUCGUAUGAAGACGGUUUCAGAAUCGGACAAAAAACGUUGGGAUGCUGCAGUUGAGAAACUUGAAUUCGAAAUCGGUAAUCAUGUCCUGCUUAGAAACGAACAGAAGUAUGGUCUCGAGUACAACUGGAUUGGUCCUUUUAUCGUCAUUGGUAAAAACUCGGAAACGCAUGUUUACAGAUUGGAAACUGUUGGUGGCGAACCUUACUCUUCUUGGGUGCAUGUUGAUCGCUUAAAAGGUGUUAAGGCUGAAUCCAUUGAUACUCCUUGGUACAAUCCCACUGUGUCUCGUGCUGCUUGGCGUGAAGAAAUGGGUCUCAACUCUAGUAAUCAGGCUGUAUCUGGUACUUCUAGUUUCUCUGGUACUUCUGGCUCUGUCGAUCAACAAUCUCGGGGGGGGGGGGGAAUGAUGUCGUGCCUAAAUUUAGGUUUAAACCAAAUUUGA